AAGGAGAAUGCUAUUCUGUCCUUCCAGCUGGGAUCAUCUCUUCUCCUUUAUUUCAAGCAGAAAUGAUAGUAUGUUCAGCGCAUUAAUGGUAUGUGCACAGCAAGCUUAGGAGAAAAAGUUCUUGUGCCUUUAAAGUACACUCUGCAAGCCGACAGAGGAAUGGAUUGUGACAUUUAUAAAAGGAUGCUUUUGUUCGCACCUGUAUAAGUUGAGCCGUCCGCUGGAAUUUAUCUGUGCUUCAUGUAUUGUACCAACAAGGUUAAAGGAUCCACACUUGGAAAGCAUGCCAGGAACAAAGCUUGAUGGUUUUCUAUAUAGGAAUUGGUCUGUUCCAGAUGUCAAUGUGACCCAGGAGCCACUUUUUAACGCUUCUUCUGAUUAUGAUGAUGAAUUUCUACGCUAUCUCUGGAGGGUGUAUUUGCACCCUAAGGAAUAUGAAUGGGUGCUUAUUGCAGGAUAUAUUGCAGUAUUUAUCAUUGCUCUUAUUGGAAAUAUUUUAGUUUGCAUUGCAGUUUGGAAGAAUCAUCACAUGAGGACUGUCACCAACUAUUUUAUAGUCAACUUGUCCCUCGCAGACGUGCUUGUCACCAUCACUUGUCUUCCAGCAACGUUGGUAGUUGAUAUAACUGAAACUUGGUUCUUUGGAAAGACUCUUUGUAAAGUAAUUCCUUACUUACAGACCGUGUCAGUUUCGGUGUCUGUGCUAACACUCAGUUGUAUCGCCUUGGAUAGAUGGUAUGCAAUUUGCCAUCCAUUAAUGUUUAAGAGUACUGCCAAAAGAGCAAGAAACAGCAUCAUAAUUAUUUGGAUUGUGUCCUGCACUAUAAUGAUCCCUCAGGCAAUCGUCAUGGAGUGUAAAAGUGUGCUUCCAGACUUAGCAAACAAAACAGUGUUAUUCACUGUCUGUGAUGAGCGCUGGGAAGGACAAAUGUACUCUAAAGUGUACCAUAUCUGCUUCUUCUUUAUAACAUAUAUGGUCCCACUGUGCCUGAUGAUUCUCGCAUAUCUUCAAAUUUUUCGAAAGCUCUGGUGUCGUCAGAUUCCAGGAACUUCAUCCAUAGUUCAGAGGAAGUGGAAACCCUUACAAUGCCCAACCCAAUCCAAGGCGCAAGGGCAACAAGCAUUUAAAUCUAAAAUGAAUAGUGUGGCUGCUGAAAUAAAACAGAUUCGGGCUAGGAGGAAGACUGCUCGGAUGCUCAUGGUGGUCCUGCUGGUGUUUGCAAUGUGUUAUUUGCCAAUCAGUAUUCUCAAUAUUCUGAAAAGAGUUUUUGGAAUGUUUGCUCAGACAAAUGACAGGGAAACAGUAUAUGCCUGGUUUACGUUCUCUCAUUGGUUGGUGUAUGCUAAUAGUGCAGCUAAUCCAAUAAUUUACAACUUUCUUAGUGGUAAAUUUAGAGAAGAAUUUAAAGCUGCUUUUUCAUGCUGUUGCCUUGGAGAUAACAAUAAUCAAGAGGAACUUCUGACUCGAGGAAGAGCCAGUACCGGGAGUAGAAAAUCACUGACCACACAGAUCAGCAAUUUUGAUAAUGUGUCAAGAAUCUCAGAACAUGUUGUUCUAACAAAUAUUAGCAGUGUAAACACAAAUGAUACUGGACAGACGCAAAACUGGUAACUCUUUGGAAUGAAUGCAGCUCCCUGAAAUUUAAGUAUGAAAAGUAUGAAAAGAAAGUUGUUUCUAUUGAAAUACAAAGUAAUAUUUUAUUACUCUAUUCUAAGUCAUAGAUGCAAAAUUGAAGAAGCCAUACAAUGUAGGAUUCAUUAGUAUGUGCCCAAUACUUUGUAUUUUUUUUUUUUUUAUAUAAAGCUUAUAAACAUUUAA